AUGCUAUACAUUCUUUUCAGUGUCUCUGUCCUCUCCCUUGUGGUAGCCACUGCGCUUUUCCUUACACGAUCGCAUUGGCGGCAUUUGGUCCCCGAAAUCCGUCUGCCUGGCGCAGACUACAUCUACUCCCGGCUGCCUGGCACCUUUGCAGGCGAUAUUGAAGCCGGCCUUUCAAGCAGUAACUUUGAUCUCACUGGCAACCUAGAAUCAGGAGAUGGUCGUGCCGGGCUUGACGAUGCAAGCAAGGCCGAAAUUCUGAAACUGAUGAAGAAGAGGAGGAUGACGUUUGACCAGGCUCGAAAGGCCUACAUGGAGAACCGGUUCAAAGCAAACGGCAUUGGUCCCGACGGACGACCUAGAGAUCCCAAGUUUGUCAGCUUUUCCUGA